AUGCCCCCGGCGCCGCCGCAGGUGCUGGCGCCGCCGCCGGUGAUUUCGCAGGGGCCGCCGGCCCCGGUGGGGUACGCGCCGCAGGGCGUGCCUGCGCCGUACCCUGGCGCUCCGCCACCCGCACCACAGCAGCAGCAGCAGCAGCCGCAGCAGCCGAGCACGCCCUACUCAACUGCUCCGCCGCAGCCGCAGCAGCAGCAGCAGCCGCAGCCAGGCCCCUACGGCAGCGCCCCAGCCUACGGCCCGCCGCAGCCCGGCCCCGACCCAUACCACCCCCAGGGGCCGCCCGGCGCGCCGCCGCCGCCGGGGCCACCGGGCGGCUACGCGCCGCCGCCCUACCCGCACGCGCCCCCGCCGCCGCAGCCGGUGCCUGGGCCGCCCCCCAGCGCCUACCAGCCGCAGAUGCACGCGGGCCCGGCCUACCCGCAGGCGCCGCAGCCCGCGUACCCCGCGCCCUUCAGGCAGGGGCCGCCCGGCCCACCGGGGCCCGGCGCGCCGCCGAUGCCGCCGCAGCAGCGCCCGGGUGGUGGCGGCGGCGGUGGCCCUGCGCCCCGGUCUUCGACGCAGAGCAUCCCCCUGGAGCAGAUCAUUCAGGACGUCAGCGCCAUGGGCUUCACGCGAGGGCAGGUGAUGAGUGUGGUGUCCCAGCUGCAGAACAGCGGCCAGGCCCUGGACCUUAACGUCAUCCUGGACAGGCUCACCAGCGGGAGGUUCUGA